AUGGGUUCUUCUGGAAGAUGGAUGCUCUGGACCCUGUGUGUGUGUUUCACCGCUCUGGAGAAUGUUGCGCUCAGGGUAACCAUGAGGGAAUCCAGUCUCAAGGUGGUUCAGGGGGAUGCUGUCGUGCUGCCCUGCUCCUUCUUCACCUCCAGCCCCCUCUCCAGACUCAACGUCAUCUGGACUCUGGCUCCCUUCUCCAGUCCUGACGCCCCAAAACAGGUGAUUGUGUACGACCAUGGACAGGUGAUUGAAGACCCCUCUCUCAUUGGCAGGGUGGGUUUUACAGGUAUUCCCUGGAGUGCAGACAUCGUCCUUAAUGACACUCGUGUAUCAGAUGCUGGUACUUACCGCUGCAUGGUCAAUAACCCACCAGAGACAGCAGAUCCCGGCAUAGGAGAGCUGGAGCUCAGCAUUCUGGCUCCACCCUCGCUGCCCGUGUGCCAGUGGGAUGGAGAUAUUGAUAUGGGAGGAAGUGUCACGCUGUCCUGCUCAGUGGCAGAGGGCAUUCCCACCCCAGAGAUCCGCUGGGAUAAACUAAAUCCAGAGGAAAUCGCACUUCCCAUCAACAUGGACGGAGAUCUGUCAGGCUCCGUCCAAAUUGUCAAUGUGUCAUCUCAGACGUCCGGCCUGUAUCGCUGCUCUGCCACUAACCUCCUGGGAACAGAGAACUGCUACGUCAACCUCUCAAUCUACACCGCCCCAGACAGUCCCUCAGGCAUACUGGAGGGUGUGCUGCUCACUUUGUCCAUGAGCUUGGUGUUGCUGGCGCUGCUGGUGCUCGUGCUGUGGCUCCAUCGCACGGGACAGGACGGGAGGUGGAGGAAGGGGAAGGAAGAGGAGGAGGAGGAGGAGUGUUACAAUGAGAUACGGUAUACUCCGUCUCUGAUGAAGCGCUCGUUCGUUUGAUUUCUCAACAUCCGCAGGAAUUGAAAGGAAAUGCUCCAACCCACAAACAAAAGACUUUCAGGAAUCUUUAUUUCAUCUAGAUCAGGGGUGUCAAACUCAUUUUAGUUCAGGGGCCACAUACAGCAAAAUUUGAUCUCAAGUGGGCCGGACCUGUAACA